AUGGAAUGCAAGUUUCCUGCACUGCAUUCAGAGGAUCUUGGAGAUGGAUCCCCAAUUGUGAAUGCAAAUAUUUCCAUCGAUCUGCCAUCGAAAGAUUUCCAAAAGUGGCUGCACGAAUUCAGUCGCAACCAUAAUGUCACUCUGCCCGACAUUUUUCUUGCCUUAUGGGGCCUAAUUCUGAAAACUUUCACUGGAAAUGGAGCUGUUUGCAUGGCUUCCAUAGUCGACCAGAAUGAUUCUGACCUGGUAUUUGGAGAUGUAGACGGGGAUUUCACAAUGAUCCAAUUGGUUCGCUUGUUCGCAGAUGGAAAGCAGCCCAUUAAAGAUUGCACGUCGGAGCUUCCCUGCAACUCGGCCGUCUACUUCGCAUGUACCAGCGAAGUAAACUUCAACAUUGCUCAAAAAUUUCAAGUAUCUUUGCAAGUCGUGGAUGGGCGUGAUGGGAUAGAACUGUCUCUCGUUCACGAAAUAUCUCAUAUUGCACCAUCAUUUGCAAGGCAUGUUGCCUACGCAGUCAGCCAGCUGCUUUGCGAGCUUGAGCUUGAUGCGAGCAGACAAAUAUCGCAGAUCAAUCUCAUCCACCCGGAGACUGGAAAGCAACUCCAGACCUGGGGCAGCAACCUUCCUAAAGCAGCAGAAGACUGUGUGGGUCAUCUAUUUGAAGAGACAAUUCAACAAAGACCGUUGAAUGAGGCAGUGCGGACAGCCGAGGUCGUCUUGACUUAUGAAGACUUGGAUCGCCUCACUGAACGUCUUGCUAUCUACCUGCAGACUCUGGCAGUAGAACCGGAAAGCGUCGUAAUCUUAUGUUUCCCAAAGUCUGCCUGGGCCAUUGUGGCCAUGAUGGCUGUCAUACGUGCUGGUGGCGCUAUAUUGUUUCUGGAUCCUUCACAUCCCACUGCUCGGCACCAAGAAAUUGCGGACCAAGUGAACACAAAAUGGAUUUUGACCACGCCAGAGUACGCUGCGCAAAUGGAGUGGUUCGAGGGUGAGAUUAUUGGUAUCAACCGUGACUUUGUGGACAGUCUCGGGCCAAUUGUCCAAGGACAGACUUUAGUCUCAACAGCCAGUCCCUCAAACACAUUGUACAUCAUUUUCACAUCUGGAUCAACCGGAAAGUCAAAGGGUUGCGUCAUUGAACAUCAACAGUUCCUGACUGGCUCUCGUGCGCAGCAGAAAGCUUCAGGCAUGGAUUCCAAUGACCGGGUGUUGCAACUCGCAUCAUUCACAUUUGACGUGAGCAUCCUUGAGAUUAUUACCUCACUGAUUGCUGGUGCCUGCGUGUGUAUUCCAAACGACCAACAGCGAUCCCAGGGGCCUGCUUUCUGCAUUCAGCAGUUUCACAUUACCUGGGCUUUCCUCACCCCGUCACUGGUAAAAUCGAUGCAUCCGAGUCAAGUUCCAACCCUCAAGUUUUUGGUACUCGGCGGCGAGGCCGUUUUGGAAGAGAACAUCAAGACUUGGGCGCCACAUGUGCGUCUAGCAAACGGGUACGGUCCUUCCGAGGCCUCCAUUGCAGCUACAGCCAAUGUCCCACUAUCACUGGAUACCCAUCCAAUGAAUAUUGGAUACCCGUUGGGAGGUUCGUGUUGGAUUGUGAGCUCUCAUGAUCAUGAUACCCUCGUUCCAAUUGGCGCUCCUGGCGAGUUGGUGAUCCAGGGUGCUAUCGUUGCGAGGGGCUACUUCCAUGAGCCCGAAAAGACAAAAGCAGCCUUCCUGGACUCGACCAAAUGGAUGACAGCUAGUCCCACACCAUUUUCACGAAUGUACAAGACUGGCGAUCUGGCUCGCUUCAAUCCAGAUGGCACUAUCCAUUUCAUAGGACGAAAGGAUAGCCAGGUCAAGUUGCGUGGACUUCGAAUCGAGCUAGGAGAUAUCGAACAUCGUAUCGCUGGUCAUUCAUUGGUCGGCCAAGUGUCUGUCAUACUCGCGAAGGAUGGCCCCUGCAAGGCCACAUUGACAGCUGUGGUUUCAUUGAAGGACUUCGUAUCUCAGACAUUGGGACUUGAAUUGCUCGCCGAGGAACACUAUCGCGUUGCCAAAGAACAACUCGAAGCAGUGGCAGAAGCGGUUUCCAAGCAACUGCCAAAUUAUAUGAUUCCAACGGUGUGGGUGCCGGUCUGGUCAAUUCCUUUGACCGUCUCUGGCAAGCAGAAUGGCGUGGCAGUUGCCAAGUACAUCCAGAACAUGUCCAUAGAAACAUAUAACUUCCUCAUGGGAAAAGACCAUAACCUUGAGAGAGUUGGCCCAUCCAACGACCGAGAGCAUGAGAUGGAACAGCUUUGCUAUUCCAUUCUAGGCUUCAGCAAGUCCGAGGACCUGUGGUUGAAUAGAUCCUGGAUUCAAAAUGGGGGUGACUCGAUCAAGGCCACACAGCUUCUGGACAAGUUGCGUCGACAGGGUGUUUCCGUUGUCUUCACAGACAUCAUGCAAAGUGCGACCUUGAUUGAGCUCGCUGAGACAAUUGAGACUCGAGGUUCAGUUACCCCCCUCGCUAGUCAUGCGGUUCGGAAAUAUUCGCCUGCGUCAGACCAGGCAAGACUAUCACGAGUCGGCCUCGAUAUCAACUUGGUGGAGGAUGUGUACGGACUUUCUGCUGUACAACGAGGAACUCUUCUAAGCCAACAGCUGAACCCCGAAAGCUAUCAGCUUCGGAUCACAUGCGAGGUGCUGUCCUCUCCAGGAUUAGAGAUUGAUGGGCAGCGGUUGUUGGAUGCCUGGAAGCAUGUCACUGCCCGGCACCCUGCGCUGCGGACCAUUAUGAUUGAGAGUGAGACAGAGGAUGGACUUUUCGACCAGCUUGUUCUCAAGGAAAGCAAUCCUCGGAUUGAAAAAUGGAAAACGAGCAGUGAAGAUGCAUUUUGGCAAGCGCAACAGGAGUUCACUCGGAAAGACAAUGCCCUCGAGCCACCAGUAAUCUUCGUGGUGUCCACCACGAAUACGGGCAAAUGGUUCAUUACUAUUGACAUUAGCCAUGCACUAGUCGAUGGAUUAUCCAUCUUGAUUCUGCUACGUGAUCUCUGUCAAGCAUAUGAUGGCAGUCUUCCAAGGAACCGUUCGGUUGCAUUCUCUCCCUACAUCGACUACGUUCAGCAACUUACUGUGGAUUCUUCCUUGAAAUAUUGGACUCAGAACCUGGAGGAUGCGACACCCUGUCACUUACCCAUUCUGAACGACGAUCUAGCGCUUGAGGGUCAGCAGGGCGAAGUCAAAAUGGAUAUUGAGGAAGUUGAUGCUCUAUAUACCCUAUGUGCUGCUGAGAACUUCACACCAGCCACCAUUUUUCAAGCAGCAUGGGCCUUGGUCCUUCAGGCCUAUACGGGGCAAGAUGAUGUGCUCUUUGGAUACUUGACCGCAGGUCGUGAGAUGCCUGUGGCUGAAAUCAGUGACGCAGUUGGUGUAUUCAUCAACAUGAUGAUCUAUAGGAUGCAGCUGUCUCCUGAAGCCACUAUAGCCUCUAUCACACAAGCAACCCAACAGAGCUUCUUGAACGGUCUUCCUCAUCAACACUGUUCUGUCGCAGAGAUUCAACAUGCGAUUGGUACUUCGAAGCCGUUGUUCAACACCAUAAUGUCACUCCAAAGUGCCCUGGGCGAGGAUAUAUUUAGCGAAAGCGCCGAAGGCGGCAUUGGCUUCAGGGUUGUUGCGGAAUUGGAUCCAACAGAGUAUGAUGUCUCUGUAAACAUUUUCGUCUCCCCGGCACGGGUUUCAGUUAAUCUUCGCCAUUAUCGGGCAUCCCUCAGUGACGGAAUGGCAGAGAACGUGCUUGCCACCUUCCGUCAGGCUAUCAAUACUGUGAUUCACAGCCAUUCAUCCAAACUAGCCAAUGUGACAAUGACAAGUGAUCGUGAUCAAUCACAAAUUGCACGUUGGAACAAUAAGCAGUGGGAUGACAUUGAGGCAUGUGUUCAUGACUUGAUUUCUGAACAAGCUAUCAGUCAGCCACAGGCAAUCGCUAUUGAUGCUUGGGAUGGCACUUUGAGCUAUCAGGAGCUGGAUACAAUGACCAACCACCUGGCAGAACUGCUGAUUCAGAUGGGCGUGAAACCAGAGUCCUACAUACCAAUUGGCUUUUCUAAAUCACGUUGGACAGUCGUUGCCCAGCUGGCCACGCUAAAGGCCGGCGGUGCAUGUGUCGCGUUUGACCCUGAGCAUCCUCGGAGCCGCCGUGAGCAGAUGGUACAUCAGUGUGAGGCCCAAACUGCUAUUGUUGCCGAGGGGUACGAAUUGCUGUUCGAAGGACUUGUGCCAGAUGUGAUCGUUCUCGGACCAAACACUAUUGGUGCCUUGCUUCAGCGCCGAAAAGUAACACUGGGCCUCUCCUCUUCAUCCACAGUCAAGCCCUCCAAUCCCGCAUUCGUCGUCUUCACGUCCGGCUCGACGGGAAGACCAAAGGGAAUUUGCUUAGAACAUCACGCAAUCUGCAGCAGUGCCAGAGCUCACGGCCCUGCAAUGAACUACGCGGGAUCUCGAGUCUUUCAGUUUGCGUCGUAUACAUUCGAUGUCAGUAUUGGUGAGACCUUCACCUGCUUAAUGAGCGGUGGAACGCUUUGUAUUCCAAGCGAGGAAGAGCGAAUGAAUGAUCUCGCUGGUGCCAUUAACCGAAUGAACGCGAAAGUAGUUUAUCUAACACCUUCGGUGGUUAGCCUGCUACAUCCGUCUGAUGUUCCUGGUAUUUCGACCUUGGCAUUGGGGGGUGAGGCCGUGAGAGAAGAUAACAUCGCAACUUGGGCCGAUCACACCAACCUUGUCAACAUAUAUGGCCCUGCAGAAUGCUCGGUAUGGAGCACUGGGCUUCAAAAUGUUCAAUCCUCAUUUUCACCGCGCAACAUUGGAUAUGGACUCGGUGCCAGGAUGUGGAUCACGCACGCGGAGAACCCAGACAAGCUUUGCUCAGUUGGCGCUGUGGGCGAGCUGCUGAUAGAAGGUCCAAUCGUUGCCAGAGGCUAUUUGAAAGACGAGGAAAAAACACAGGGGGCAUUCAUUGAUGCCCCAGCAUGGCUCUCGCAAUACCAGUCUGAUUCAGCUCGACAAUUCAAAAUUUACCGUACUGGAGAUCUCGUGCGCUACAAUUCGGAUGGAUCCUGUCAUUUUAUUGGACGUCGGGAUCACCAAGUGAAGCUGCAUGGCCAACGUGUAGAGAUGGGUGAGAUUGACCGAACAAUCCUGAUGCAUGAGCAGGUUCAGAAUGCACUGGCGAUAGUCCCUAUAAAGGGCCGCUUUGCUGGGAAGCUCGUUGCGGUGCUAAGCCUGAAUGACAAGAUCCAUGAUAUGUCCAAGACAAGUAUUGAGUUGCGGGAUGAUAUUGAUGCUGAUAUAUCCCCCAUCCGAGAAUGGCUUACAACAAGAUUGCCUUCCUACAUGAUACCUUCAACUUGGCUUAUCGUUCACUCCAUUCCUGUAACAAGAAAUGGCAAAUCAGAUCGCCCGUCGGUUGUCAAUUGGGUUCAACAGUUGGAACAGACCGCGGAUAACUUCGAGUCAACCGUUUCUGUCAAUGACACCGACAAUCUACCGAUGGAUUCGAUGGAGACAGGAAUUAGAGAGAUUGUUAGCUCAGUCCUCAAUAUUCCAGUAUCCCAAGUACUCAUGAACUCUUCCUUUCUGUCAUUAGGAGGAGACAGUAUCACUGCAAUGCAAACCUCAUCGCGGUCUCGAUCCCGUGGCAUUCAAUGCGCAGUGAAGAGCAUUUUGAAGAGCAAAUCACUUCGUCAGAUUGCAAAAGAAGCAAAAGUCAUCACGAACUCCGCUUCUUUGGCCAAAACCGAGGGGUCAGCUUUCCGUCUGCUACCGAAUAUGCAUCCAUCUGAUCUUGAUCAGCAUGUAAAGAAACUGGGAUAUGCGGGCCUGUCUAGCAUCGAAGACGCGUACCCUAUCUCGCCGAUGCAGGCCGGUAUCCUAAUCAGCCAAGCUCAAGCCCCAGAGACGUACAAAUUUUCGGCUGUUUGUGCCAUUCGCACAGUAGACACGUCACAGUCACUCAACUUGAACAAGCUGCUCCAGGCUUGGAGUCGUGUUGUGGCAAGUCAUCCUGUUUUGCGUACUUUCUUCAUUGAAGGACUCUCUGGGGAUGCUUUGUACAGUCAGGUUGUACUCAAAAAGCAUGAACCUCGAGUUGAGAGAGCAAUGACCCUCGAAAGUCUGCUUCAAUAUGAUCAGGAACAUCCUGUCGACUACAAUGAACCUGUUCCUCCACAUCGAAUGACUGUGUUUGAGGACAAGGAUGUACUGUACUUCAAUCUGGAGCUCAGUCAUACUUUAAUUGACGGCGCAUCGAUGCCCUUGCUUCUUGGUGAUAUCAGAGCGGCAUAUGACAAUCCGAUCCCCCUUGGGCCUCUAUACAGUGACUACAUCGCUUUUUGGCAGCGCCAGCCUCGCGAGGAAACCACAUCAUUUUGGGCAAAAUACUUGUAUAACAUGCAGCCAGUCAUGUUCCCCUCACUGUUGCACGAAUUAGCAUGCAAGAAAGAGCUACGCGUGGUCAAUAUACCAGUCUCAGAUAUGAUCUCUGCUCUCCAACUCUUCUGCAAGGACAACGAAUUGACCAUUGCGAACGUCUUCCAGACUGCAUGGGCUCUCGUCUUACGAUUAUACACCAGAAGCUCGGACGUCUCCUUUGGCUACCUUUCUUCGGGACGCGAUGCCGAAGACCUUGAUUUGGAUCAUGCCGUUGGCCCAUUUAUCAAUAUGCUGCCCUGUCGCAUUGAAGUUAACGACUCUUCCAAGUUGAUUGACAUUAUGCGACAGAUAAACAACGACUUCCUCGACUCUCUGCCAUAUCAACAUACCUCUUUGGCAGAGAUUCAGCAUCAUUUGCGCCUCUCCGGGGAGCGCUUGUUCAAUACUACACUUUCUUUGCAACGGUCAAUGAUCGAAUCAGAUGAGAGAAGCAGUAGCAUUUCGGUCCAGUACAUGGGGGGUGCUGAUCCCACCGAAUAUGACAUUAGCGUCAGCAUUACAGUCGGCGACAGCGACAUUGAUGUUGACAUCAACUAUUGGACUACCUUUAUGUCUGACGAGAAGGCCAACAUGUUGGGCUCAACCUUCAAGACGAUUCUCACCAACUUGCUGGCAUCGCCGACCAAAGACCUCCGCGACUUCGACUUGCUCGAUGAUCAGCAAUAUCAGUACCUGAUGGCUCUUAACAACAAUGGAACUGUUCCAGAGACCAUCUCAGGAUGCAUUCAUGACGAAGUACGUCGGCAGGCUUUGGCAAAUCCAUCUGCACCCGCGGUUGAAGCCUGGGACGCGUCAUUCACGUACUCGGAGCUGGAUUCGUUAUCCAACAGAUUGGCCGUCAGACUCGCCAACAUUGGGGUUGGACCAGAGCAGAUAGUUGCUCUUUGCUUUGAUAAAUCUGCAUGGACCAUAGUGGCAAUGUUGGCAGUCCUCAAGGCUGGCGGUGCUUAUACGUCAAUGGGUCCCACUCAUCCAAGAUCGCACCUUCAACAAGUCAUCUUGGCCACCAACUGCCGGGUCAUUCUGGCAGGAUCGCAGGAACAUGGCAAGCUGGUAGGCGAUCUGGUUGACAAUGUCAUUGUCGUUGAGUCCGCCCUUUUUUCUUCCUUACCUGCCGACAGUCUAGAACCCUUCGGAAAGGUCUCGCCGGACAACGCAGCAAUGGUGAACUUUACCUCCGGCUCGACUGGAACUCCCAAGGGUAUUGUUGUAAAGCACAGCGGAGUCCGCUCCUUGGUAGCUCACAAUGCAGAUAUGGGAAUCGACCAAUCUUCCCGUGUCCUACAGUUCUCGGCUUACACAUUCGACACCAGCAACGGGGAGAUCUUCUUAUCUCUAUGUGUCGGAGGAUGUGUUUGUAUUCCUUCAGAGGAAGAGCGUGUCAAUGAUCUUGCGGGCGCAAUGACUCGACUCCGGGUCACUUAUGCCUUCCUCACCCCUUCUCUCGCCCUCUCUCUCUCUCCACAGGCGCUACCAACCUUGAGGACCUUGGCGCUUGUUGGUGAGGCAAUUCCUACUGAUCUUCCAGGUAGAUGGGAAAACCACGUUCGGAUAAUCAACUCGUAUGGGCCAUCUGAGACUACUGUCAUGGCCUCAUUCGCUGACUUAGGAGGUUCUAUGCCAGCAAACAGCAUUGGACGUGCUCACGGUUGUCUUUUCUGGGUUGUUGAUCCCGAAGACAGCCAAAGACUGGUUCCUAUCGGCUGCCCUGGAGAGUUGUUGAUUGAAGGCCCUCUAGUCACGCGCGGGUAUCUAGAUCCGAAGCUGACCGCCAAAUCAUUCAUUUAUCCCCCGAGGUGGAGGGGAGAUGUGAAAGAGGGGACCCGAUUGUACAGGACGGGAGACCUUGUCAGGCUUCUAGUGGAUGGAAACAUGUUGUUCCUCGGGCGCGCCGAUGGACAGAUCAAAUUGAACGGACAACGUGUGCCCACAUGGGACAUUGAAGAGGAAAUUGGCCGAAAUCCUGCUGUCCUUCAGACAGCACUUGCUUUCCCCAGCCAUGGUCUCUGCAAGAAGAAGCUCGUUGCUCUAGUAGCAUUUGAGAAUCUUUCAACUCAGACUAUCUCUGAAGAAGGGGUUAUUCCGUUCGGGAAGGACACCGACAAGGAUCAGGCUAUCAAGGAGAUCACAUCCAUUCGUGAUCACCUGGCGGAGAUGUUCCCUAACUACAUGAUACCAUCAGUCUGGCUCUUGUGUCAUAAGCUUCCAUUGACAUUGUCACGAAAGCUUGACAGGCGUCAGGUCACGGGAUGGGUUGAAGGCCUGCAGCAAGAAACCUACUUUGAUGCCCUGGCCGAAAAGCAGGACGAGGCCGAUCCCACCGAAGAGUGCAAAUCCGAUGCAACAGAGCGCUUCCAGAUCAUUGUUGGUCGCGUUUUGAAUCUACCAAUCAGCAAGGUCGCUCUCCAGUCAUCAUUCUUUAAGCUUGGUGGCGAUUCCAUCACUGCGAUGCAGCUGGUAGUCACCUGUCGAAACGAAGGCCUGAAGCUUCUCUUCAAGGAUGUGAUGCGCAGCACCAGCAUUGCAGCUUUGGCCGAGUUUGCGGAAGCGGUGAUCGAGAGCAAUAUCUAUCAGCGGCCUGAUCGAUUGGAUACUCCCUUUGACUUGACUCCGAUUCAGCAGUUCUACUUCCAAAAUAUAUCCCAAGGUAAACUAGACGCGUCGUCCAAUCAGUUCAACCAGAGUUUCUUGUUCCGCUUGGCAUCGGAGGUACCAGUGAAACAGUUGAGAGACGCUGUGGACAAGGUUGUCCAGCGUCAUUCUAGUCUACGUGCACGGUUCCGCCAGUCACACAACUCACAAUGGAAGCAAAUUGUCAUCGGGCAUAGUGCCUCUGCUUAUCGGUUCAGAGAACGUGUGGUGGAGGGUGAAGAACAUGCUCUCCAGCUAGCGCAAGAUGCGCAAGAGGAGCUCGACAUCCAGAUGGGCCCUGUGUUUGCUGUAGAGCACUUCACGAUUCCCAGACAGCAAUCUCUUUUCUUCCUAGUGGCUCAUCACCUUGUCAUUGACCUGGUAUCCUGGAGAAUUAUCUUCCAAGAACUGGAAGACUCAAUUGCAGGAAAAACCCCCCAAACCCCGCCAUUCUCAUUCCAGCAGUGGCAGCAAGUACAAGCAGAAUACGCCGCCAAGCAUCUCCCGCCAAGCCAGGCCUUGCCCUAUACCAUCCCUAAAGCAGACUAUGGCUAUUGGGAAAUGGAAGAUACUCCCAACUUCGCUGGUGACACCGAGCAAAUCAAUGUCGUACUCUUGCCGCAAGAGAGCGAAGCCUUGCUCACCGGUUGUCAUCGAGCAAUGGGAACAGAACCACUUGAUAUACUCAUUGCAGCUCUGUUUACAUCUUAUGCACAAACGUUCCAAAGAGCCCCGCCUGCGAUUUUCAACGAAGGACACGGUCGUGAGCCUUGGACCAGCGAUAUCGAUCUGUCCGACUCAGUCGGCUGGUUUACCACCGUUUUUCCCUUCUACUUAUCAGAUCUGGACUCAAAGACUUCCUCCGUAGAUGCUGUUCGUGGUGUGAAAGACCAGAGACGCGCGCUUCCCUCAAACGGGUGGUCUUACUUCACAUCGAGGUACUUGAACGAAGAGGGUAUGAAAGCCUUCGCUGAUCAUAUGCCCGUUGAGAUCGUGUUCAACUAUCUUGGCUUGUAUCAAGGGUUAGAGCGCUCGGAUGGCAUGUUCCACCUAGUUCCGUUCAACAAGGGAGACGUUGGACGGGCUGUUCGACGCUAUGCUCUGUUCGAGAUAAAUGUCUAUGUGAUCAACGGAUCCACCCACAUCUCUUUCACGUUCAAUCGUCAUAUGAAGCAUGUUGACCUUAUUCACAAGUGGGUCGAGAACUACGCAACUUCUCUCAAGAAUAUUUCCAAGGGAUUGGUUAGCACGAAACAGACUCUCACGAGAAGCGACUAUCCCCUCCUUGAAAUCUCUUAUCCCGAAUUGGACAAGUUGCAGAAUUCGAUACUGCCUGACCUCCAGUUGACUCUUGAUGACAUCGAAGAUCUCUACCCCUGUUCACCACUUCAAGAGGGUAUCUUACUUAGUCAACUUCGUCUUGAGGAUGCUUAUCUCUAUCACGCCAUCAUGCGGAUUGACUCCUGUGGAGGUGUCUCUCUAGACGCUAAGCGCCUGUCUACAGCAUGGCAGCAAGUCGUUGACCGCCACACCAUUCUACGGACAGUCUUUCUCAAAGGUAUCUCCCAGCGACCGUUUGAUCAGAUGGUCCUUGGUCGCCAUCAUGCAGCUGUCCAGAUUCUCCAAGCCGCGUCGGCUGGUAAGGCUAUUGAACUCCUUCAAUACUUCGAUAACCUGGAACCAUCGACAACUGAGCCGCCCCAUCGACUACUCGUGGUUCAUUGUGAUGACGGAUCGCUCUACUUCAGGCUUGACAUAAGUCAUGCUCUGAUGGAUGGGACUGCAAUGACGGUACUUAUCAAUGAUCUCGUGUCUGCAUACGGCAAUCAACUCUCAGUCCUACCAGCCAUUCCAUACAGUGACUACAUUGCCUAUAUCCAAUCGCAGCCGGCUGCUGAGGGGCUGGACUUUUGGUCGAAGCACCUUGUUGAUGUGAAGCCCUGUCAUUUCCCUACGCUGGUGGUCUCAAGUGCGGCCGAAGCGGAGUUGAAGAGUAUAGGUGUGCUUGUCCCCGACAGUGGACAGGUUCGCACAUUCUGUCAAGAGAAUAACAUAACUCUCGCCAAUGUCAUUCGCUUGGCAUGGUCCUUGGUUCUCCAGGCAUACUCCGGUGAAGAUCAUGUUUGUUUUGGAUAUCUAACGGCUGGACGAGAGGUUCCAAUUGAGGGGUUGGAGAGCGCCGUUGGUCCUUUCAUCAACAUGCUGGUGUGUGCGACCAACUUGACGCAAGUUGGCAAGAAGUCUGUAGUUGCUGAGUUGCAGGACCUGCAUCAUGAGUAUCUCAAGAUGCUUCCGUAUCAACAUGUUGGGCUGGCAGAAAUUCAUCAUGCGUUAGGCGUGACAGGCAAGCCAUUAUUCAACUCUGUUGUAAGCUUCCAGCGUCGUGAUGUCGAGAGAUUGGUGGUGGGUGAUUUGCAGAUGACGUACCUAGAUGGACUCGAUCCGACGGAGUACGACAUCACUGUAAAUGUUGCAGACACCGACUCUCACGGUUUCAGCAUUGAUAUAGGCUAUUUGACUUCACAGUUGUCCCCAGAAUAUGCGGCUCACGUUGCAGGAAGUCUCACAGCAGCGUUGGAUGGCAUCAUUUCGCAUCCUUCCGCCACAGUGAAUUCGAUUGAUCUUUUCGGCGAUUUAGCCAAGGAUCAAGUCCUCAAGUGGAAUUCAUCCAUGCCUCCAGCUGUUUGUGAGCCCCUCCAGGCAGCAUUUGAUCAAAAUGCAACAUGCUUCCCAGAUGCACCAGCCAUUGCUUCCUGGGAUGGACAAAUGAGCUACUCGCAGCUCGAACAGAAAGCCUCUCAGCUCGCCAAUGCUUUGGUUAAAAUGGGUGUAACCACUGGUGACCUGAUUCCGAUUUGCUUUGGAAAAUCAUCUUGGGCCAUCAUUUCAAUGCUUGCUAUUUUGAAAGCUGGAGCAGGCUUUGUUCCUUUGGAUCCUUCUAGUCCUGCCAACAGACUGGAGUUGAUCAUUCAGCAGACAUCAUCGUCAUUGGUGUUGGCUUCUCAGGAGAAGCUGACUUUGUUCACUGAGCUAGUACCCAAGGUCCUGGUGGUUUCGGAAUCUACCAAUGCCUGGAAUGAUAGGAUGACACAUGCGCUUAGUACCCCGAUAUCUCCCCACAGUGUUGCCUAUGUUCUGUUCACCUCUGGUUCAACAGGAACCCCGAAGGGCGUGGUAAUGGAACAUACAGCAGCGAGCACUAGUGUCACUCACCAUGGACAAGACAUCGGAUGUAGCUCUGCGACGCGGAUGUAUCAAUUCGCAGCAUUCACGUUUGAUGCAUGCAUUCUUGAGAUUUUCACAACCCUCACCUACGGUGGAUGCAUCUGUCUUCCAUCCGAUACUGAGCGAAUGAGUGAUAUUGCCGGCUCAAUGACUCGAUUGGCGGCCAAUACUUCCUUCUUGACUCCCUCAGUCGUGCGUCUCCUCAAGCCACAGCAAGUCCCUACUCUCAAAACUCUCAUACUGGGAGGCGAGGCAUUGCAUGAAGAUAAUAUCCGAACUUGGGCAGGAAGUCUACGUCUCAUGAAUGGGUAUGGACCCACUGAAACCUGUGUCUUUGCGAUCAUGAAGACAUUUGAAAGCGAAAAUGAUCGAUGCAAUAUUCUUGGUCGUGCUGUGAGCUCCCUUGCCUGGAUCACACGCCCAAACGCACAUGACCAGCUAGCUCCUAUUGGUGCUAUCGGCGAACUUUUGAUUCAGGGAAGCACAUUGGCACGAGGUUAUCUUCACGACGAUGUGAAGACUGAUGAAGUUUUCAUUCACAAUCCAGGGUUCAAUCCUACAGACGAGGGUGCCAUCCAGCGAUUCUACAAAACUGGAGAUCUGGUUCGUUACAACUUCGACGGAACGAUCACAUACUUGGGUCGCAGAGACACACAAAUCAAGCUGCGCGGUCAAAGACUUGAGCUCUCGGAGAUUGAGCAUCAAGUAAACCGCCAUUUGAGCUCUGAUCAACAAAUUGCAGUUGAGGUUGUACUCCCCCAUGGAAAGCAAGAGCAGGCCCUUCUCGCGGUCUUUGUCUUUAAUCCUGUCAGACUAGCCAGUAGUGACCUUCUUGGGGAAGUGACAAAAGAGUCCACAGCCUGGGCCUUGGAUCUCAAGUCCCACCUGGCUAAAGUUCUCCCGACAUAUAUGCAACCAUCGCUGUAUAUUCCCACAAACUGGAUGCCCACAACUUCCGCACAAAAGCUUGACCGGAAAUUGCUACGAGACUCAGUGGCAAUACUGAGCGAGACGCAGCUCAAAGUUUACUCGCUUCGGGAAGAUAGUCGCCGUGUACCACACGGCAUCCUGGAAAAGAGGGUACAAGAGCUCUGGCAUCGCAUCCUCAGGAUUUCCAUGGAUGAAAUCCGAGCCGAUGACAAUUUCUUCCAAAUCGGAGGUGACUCACUUUCAGCGAUGAAGAUGGCUGCUACCACGCCGGAGGACUUCCCCGUCACUGUCGUUGAUAUUUUCCAGCAUCCAGUGCUGUGUGACUUGGCCGCCGCGAUGACUAACAAAACCUCAAUCACCGGUCAGACUGAUCUGCCUCAGGUGCCGUUUGAAUUGCUUAACAAAGUCUCAGAUGUUUCUGUGUUAUUGGAUGGCAUUAGCCAUCAAUAUUCAAUCCCUCCGGAUUCAAUCGAAGAUGUGCUCCCUGCUAGUCCUCUUCAAGAGGGCAUGAUCGCCAUUUCAAUGAUAAAUCCCAAGUCCUACAUGCUACGAAAGAUUCUCAGUCUGGGACCGACCGUGGAUGUCACUCGGUUCAGAUCAGCUUGGCAGUUGGUUGUCCAAACCAAUCCCAUCCUGCGCACGCGCUUUGUACCAACUCCUGACGCCGGAUUUGUUCAAGUUGUGGUCAAAGACAGUAUCAACUGGAGAACUGCAGUGGAUCUGACGCAGUAUCUGGAGCACGACUCGAAUGAAGGACUGGUUUACGGCGCUUCGCCGUUGCGUUUCGGGCUUACUGAAGACCGUCAUUUCAUCUUUACUGCGCAUCACGCUACUUAUGAUGGUUGGUCGCUACCGUUAAUCUUAAACCAUGUCCGCUUUGCUUAUGAGCAUGGCCGUUGUGUUGAUUCGACUCCAUUCCAUGCAUUUAUCAAACAUCUGCAAUCUACCGACGCCCAAUCUUCUCAAUCCUUCUGGGAAGAUCAGCUCUCCGGACCCCGGCCAUCCACAUUCCCCGAACUCCCCUCGCCGUCAUAUCGGCCAUCUGUCCGCGGUAGAGUGCAGCAUCAAGUUCCCCUUCCCAACCUUAAAGACUCAACAAUUCUCCGAACUACAAUUUUGAGAGCUGCUUGGGGUCUGCUUCUCUCUCGCUAUGCAGACAGUGAGGAUGUGGUAUUUGGAAUGACUCUUUCUGGUCGCAACAGUGCGGUGGCUGGUAUCGAUGCCAUAGUUGGUCCAACCAUCACAACCGUGCCUGUGCGAAUGAGAAUGUCUUCGAGGUUUACAGUAGGUGAAUUCUUGGCGACAGUACAGCAACAGUCGACAGAUAUGAUUCUACAUGAGCAUUUCGGUUUGCAGAAUAUUGCCGGCAUCAAUUCGGAUUGUUCCCGGGCAAUCGAAUUCCAGAACUUGUUCGUCAUCCAGCCGGUGUCAGAGGCCAAUGCAGCUGGAGACCUUCUACCUGGUGUGGAAGAGGUCGAAAUGCCACUCGAAGACUUCGAUAGCUAUCCACUGGUUGUUGAAUGCUUCAUGGCGGACGAUAAAAUUGUCAUUGAAGCACGCCACGAUGAAACUGUCCUCUCAGCCUGGCGGGUGCAGACUAUGAUGCACCAUUUCGAGCAUAUUCUAAAGCAAAUUGCAUCGGCAAAACACCUAGGAUCUGAAAUCAAUUCUGUCGAACUAUUCGGUGAUAAAGAUCUGCAGCAAAUUAUCCAAUGGAACCGAGAGUAUCCGGAAACCGUUGAGUCAACUGUACCGACUAUCUUCGCUGAUCAAGUAUCACAACGGCCGGACGCGUUAGCUGUCGAUGCUUGGGACGGUCAGCUCACCUACGAUCAACUUGACCAGCUCUCGACCACUCUUGCUCGCCACCUUGUCUCGCUAGGGGUGGUUCCUGAGACCCGGGUCCCUAUGUGCUUUGACAAGUCCAGAUGGGCUGUUGUAGCACAAAUGUCCGUCAUGAAGGCCGGUGGUGCUUGUGUCAAUCUUGACCCUGCCCACCCCCAAGCUCGCCUCGAGACUAUUGUCAAAGAUACGCAAGCAACAGUACUUCUUACUAAUCCACGGCAUGCCAACAUCCUUGCCAGUUCAGUUCAUUUACGGACAGUCAUGGUGACAGAGGACUUCAUAUCCAGUCUCGCAGGAAUAACAUUUGAUCUGCCGACUCUCACUCCCCAGAAUGCGGCCUACGUGCUCUUUACUUCGGGAACUUCGGGCAAGUCGAAGGGCAUCGUUAUUCAGCAUGGAUCUCUUUGUUCAAGCUCAAAGGCACAUGGAACACGGUGGGGGAUUGGUCCCGGGACAAGAUUGCUACAGUUCGCCGCUUAUACAUUCGAUGUGAGCUGUGCCGAUAUAUUCACCACGUUACAGCGUGGUGGGUGUAUCUGUGUACCAUCGGAAGAGCAGCGUAUGAACGAUCUAUCUGGAGCAAUCAACAGGUUCCAGUGUAACUGGGCUUUUAUGACUCCCACUGUUGCAGCUCUACUACCAGCAGAUGGUUUACCCUCCCUGAAGAAGCUUGUACUCGGAGGUGAGGCGUCUACGCGCGACACCAUUGCCAAAUGGCACAAUAUGCUCGAUCUCAUUGUCUGCUACGGCCCGGCCGAAACAACCGUGUACUGUAGCGGUGCUCCUCCAGCUACUGCCACCAGUGAUCCUGCGAACCUAGGCCCGGCUAUUGGAGCCCUGUACUGGAUCGCCGACCCUCAAGAUUUCAACCGUCUUACACCUCUGGGAUGUGUUGGAGAGCUUCUUCUGGAAGGUCCAACAAUUGCGCGUGAAUACCUUCAUGAUGCUGAAAAAACAGCACAAGCCUUUAUCACGAACCCUGUCUGGACAACGCGUCCGGGUUCCCGAUUUUACCGUACCGGUGAUCUGGUUCGCUACAACCAGGAUGGCACGAUUCGAUUUGUGGGACGCAAGGACACUCAAGUAAAGGUCCGUGGUCAGCGUGUAGAGCUUGGCGAGAUCGAGCAUGCCAUUCGACUUGCAAUGCCUACCCUUUCCCAUGUGAGUGUAGAUGCCGUCCAAGAUCCCACCCACCUUCGCCAGGUCGUUGUUGCAUUCCUACACUAUAGCAACCGCAGUGGUCCAGUCGAGAUCAGGGAGAUGUCUUCCGAUGUGCAUGAUGAGUUGGCUGCCCUGCAACAAACCCUCAGUCAGCAGCUUCCGUCUUACAUGAUCCCAUCCAUGUUCAUUCCCCUAUCUCGAGUACCUUUGACUAUGAAUGGCAAGUCUGACCGUCGUCAACUACGUGAACUGGUUACUUCUCUCUCGAGGGAAGAUGCUCUGGCAUUUUCCUUGUCCAGUAGUAUCAAGCUGGAGCCAACCACGCCAAUGCAAAUACAGCUUCGCGCUUUAUGGGCCAAGGUCUUGCAUGUUGAAGAAGAUACUUUGGGCAAGAAUCACCAUUUCCUACGCUCCGGAGGUGAUUCGAUCAGCGCAAUGAAGCUCACUAGUCAUGCCCGAUCGGCUGGUUUGACUUUGACAGUCCAGGAUAUCUUCAAGGCUCCUGUAUUGGAGGAAAUGGCCGCUGCUAUAAUCCGUAACUCAGAGCAAGACCUUGCCCAGCCGGUCUCUCUGCCCUAUUCUCCCUUCUCACUUGUCGACGACAUUGCCAAUUUGCUUCCAUUGGUAGCCUCGGUUGCACAAACACCGUCUGCAAAUAUCGAAGACAUUCUUCCUGCAUCAGACUUCCAAUCCUCCGCCAUUGCCCAUUCCAUGCUCAAGACUCACGGUAUGGUCAAUUAUCUCUUCCUUGAUGCCGAAGGUGAGGUUCCGUGGACUCUGGCCCAUGCUCAGACAGCAUGGACUUGUUUCCUCCAAACCCAUGGAAUUCUCCGGACUGUAUUUGCUGCGUAUGGAGACCGCUUCUAUCAAGUAGUACUCAAAGACACUCCGCAGCAGGUCGCAUGGUAUCGGACGGAUGAAGAGAUUGACUCAUUCUGUCUCAAAUUAUGCAACGAGGACGUCGAAUCUGACCUUCCCUUGGGUAGUGUACUCACCCAGUUGUCGGUCAUAACCAAUGAGAACAACCAUCGACUCGUUCUACGAAUCUCACACGCUCAAUAUGACGGUGUCUGUCUCCCGCGGAUCUGGCAGAGUUUCCAAGAUGCAUUCUCCGGUCGUACACCUGCCCCAGAGGUUCCAUUCUCCCACUUCAUCGCCGGUAUCUAUCCUGCUAGCCAGGGUGCUCAAGCACACUGGCGGAGCGUCCUAUCAGGGUCUAGUAUGACUGAGAUUGUCGCACACCCGGCACCACAACACCGUAACGUGUAUGAUUUGCACAUGACACGAAAAAUCAGCAUCGCCCCGCAAACUGGCUCUGGAAUUACUUUUGCCACCAUUCUAAAGGCUGCCUGGGCUCUUGUCCUCUCCUCAUGCUCUGACAGUUACGAUGUGGUCUUUGGACAUGUUGUUUCCGGUCGCAAUCUACCCCAGGCUAACAUAGACGAGGUCAUUGGUCCCUGUCUAAACUUGCUUCCGACUCGAGUGAUUAUUGAACCGACUACGAUUCUAAGCCAUCUUCUUGAAACCGUUCAAGCCCAGCAUAUUUCUCACAUGGCCUAUGAAUCGCUGGGCACCCGCACAAUCGUUCAAAAGUGUAGCCCUUGGCGACCGUCUACUCGCAUGAGCAGUAUUGUUCAACAUCAGAAUAUUGAACAAGAUGCGACCGUGACCCUCAACAAACAGAACUACCUUAUUGGUGAUUUCUGUCCUGCGGCCGACGAAGCAGACAUUGCUAUCAAAACUACACCCUUGGAUAACAACGAGAUUGAUGUUCUUUUCAUCAGCUCGUCGCGCUCUGUUGGGGAGCCCAUUGCAAGUACUCUUUUGGAUCGACUCUGUACUACGAUUCAGGCUAUUUCUGACUCUACACACGCCCAAAUGCCUUUGUCGCAGUUCAUUCACUCUACAUCUAUUCUCCCCUUGCAGAGUCCUUCAGAUUCUGACCGCGUGAACGGUCACUUCGCAGUUGACUCCGCUGGUACAGCUGCGGACCUCAACUUGCUUUCUGUCAUGUAUGACAGCUGGCGAGAGGUUCUGAGCAGUCCUGAACUGUCAUUGGACCUGGAUACCGACUUCUUUGCUGUCGGUGGUGACCUGGUCUCCAUUGCAUUGUUGACCGCGGUGUGGCAACGUCGGGGCUACCAGAUUACGGUGGAAAAUCUCUGGAAUCAUCCAUCUGUUCGUGGAAUGCUGGAAGUGUUGACUCAAGCGCGUUGCUGA